AUUGUGUUUCGUGGGCCUAUGUUUGAUUAUUAAUGGUGACCACUCUGAGAAUCUCUACGGUUCCAUCGCCAACUCCUUCGUUCAGUUCCCGUUUCAAUACAGAUUCAAGGUUUCAGCUCAGAGGAAGGAAAUCCACCAGAAAACUUUGUGCCAUCUCCUCCGACAACGGCUCUUGUUCUAGUCGGGUUAGGCCAAAUUCAGUUGUAGAUGUGCAUAAAAAGAGAAGCAGUCUCGAAUCUCUGUUUUGCUAUGAUAAGCCUAUACCUGAGGAGAUAAUUGAACAGCCAAUUGGUUUGUCUUUGGCUGAAAGAAGAAUUGGGGAGAAUCCCCGUUGCCUUGAUUGUCAAGCUAAAGGUGCAGUUCUUUGCCCCACCUGCUCUGGUUCGGGCUUGUAUGUCGAUUCUAUAUUAGAAAGCCAGGGAAUCAUUGUCAAAGUUCGAUGCCUAGGUUGCGGAGGCACAGGGAACACUAUGUGUUCAGAAUGUGGGGGUCGAGGUCAUCUCGGAGCUAAAUGACUUUGUGGGCUACCGGUCUAUUUUGAGCAGUUUUGUGUAGUAGAUGCAAACCUCUGAUCGUGAGGUUUGCAUAUAUCUUGCUGUUGUUUAAUUUGUCUUUGGUUUCAAGCUCUGAUUGUGUAUAAGGGCUCUCAUGAAAUUUAUAUGUCGAUUCGAAAUUCAGCAU